AUGAAGCCUUGCAGCCUGUUGCCGCCCUCUUCUGGAAAGAAGCGAGGUCGACCCAUCCAUGGACCAACCCCCACCUCCACUACAGCUGGAGCAGCAGCGCAACUGGCGGUGGCUGCCGACGUUGCUGACAUUGGCAGUCUCAUCAAGAUUGAUGAAAAGAUCAACAACCCGGUGGACUUUUUGAAGUCUCUCUUUUCCCUGAGCGACACAACCAAGAAAUGGAUGGAAAAGAAACAAAGGAAGAACCCUGUUGGCUUUGGAAGACCCAGCGAAGAUGCCGUGGAAGCCUACGACCUGAUAGUGGUUCGUGCCAUUCGAGAACGCAAUGUGGACAAGCUCCGCGCCAUGCUGGAGGAAGGGCGCAAGUUUGACGCUUCGAAUAGGUUUGGUGAAUCGCUCAUUCACAUGGCUUGUCGUCGCGGAGACUUGGGGGUGAUCCAGUUCUUGAUUGACGAAGCCAAUGUCCGGUUGGAUGUCGCGGAUGAUUUCGGAAGGACGCCGCUCCAUGAUGCCUGCUGGACCAGCAAGCCCAAUCUGGAUGUUGUGGGCCUCUUGCUCAAAAAGAUUCCACCCAGCAUGUUGCUCAUGGAAGAUGUCAGAGGCCACACACCCUUUUGUUACGCUCGAAAGGAGCAUCGGCCUACCUGGGUGGCCUUUCUUCGUGACAAUGCACACCACAUUCUACAACGGGUAUCGAUUGUGCAGGCAAUUGAACUGCUGGACUAG